AGUGCUGGAGUGAGUGUAGCGUUUCGCUUACAACAACGUAUCCACUCACAGCUCCAAUUGAGAACAUAAACCCAAAGCGCAGAACCUAUAAAACCCUCUCCAUUUAAAAAUGGUGUCUGGAGCGUGUUGUGCACUCGCCCAUAAAUCCUUACUCUUUACCCGUACCCUCAGCAUUUGGCGUCAACCCACGCGCCUUCAAUUUCAAACCUUCACUUCUCUCAACCCUCACUCCUUCAAGUUCACCUUCAAUCGCCCUCCACCCUCCCUCACUCACCGUCGCUUCCUCAAUUCUCCACCCUCCGCCCUCUCCAAUCACGGCUCCUCCGGAAAUGGCGGACGCGGCGGCGACUCUGAUGGUUGGAAUUCCGGCGGUAGCGGCGGCGGCGACGGUGGAGACAAGUGGUCCUUGUUGUCAUGGUACUUGGCCCUUCUUGGAAAGUACCCUGUUCCGGUGAAAGCUAUAACAUCGGCGAUUUUGACACUUAUUGGAGAUUUAAUCUGCCAGCUUGUGAUAGAUCAAGUGCAGUCACUGGACUUCAAGAGGACAUUCCUCUUUACUUUGCUUGGUUUUGUUUUAGUGGGUCCAACAUUGCAUUUUUGGUAUUUGUAUCUGAGUAAAUUGGUUACUCUUCCUGGAGCAUCAGGUGCACUUUUAAGGCUUGUACUUGAUCAGUUCUUAUUUUCUCCCAUAUUCAUUGGAGUUUUCUUGGCUACAUUGGUGACACUAGAGGGAAGACCAUCGCAAGCUGUACCCAAGCUUAAACAGGAGUGGUUUUCUGCUGUUCUUGCAAACUGGCAACUGUGGAUACCUUUUCAAUUUCUCAACUUUAGAUUUGUCCCACAACAAUUUCAGGUCCUUGCUGCUAAUGUUAUUGCUUUGGUGUGGAAUGUUAUUCUCUCAUUUAAGGCACACAAAGAAGUUCUUCCAAAAUAGACAAGGAACUUGCAAGGAUGCUGCGGGGAGCUGUAUUUAAGUCUUUUAAAUGUUUUGGUAAUUUACAUGAACAUGAAGACAAACAGUUCUUUAAAUUCGCAUGUACAAUUUUUGUAUAUGCACUUCCAGCGAUGCAAGCUUCGUCCUUGUGCUUCCUAAGAUUCUACAUCAUUCAGAUCAUAUAUGAGCUAUUUUUUAUAGCAAAAUUCAAAAAUAAAAUGGCUUUUAAAAG